GCUGCUGCUCGUAGGAGCUGCACGAAGCAGCCGAGAGAGAACGACUCGUUCUGCUUGCUUCUUCAGGUGAGCCACUGGCUGAGGCAUUAUCAUGAAGAGAAGAGCAGGAGAGCGGGAGAAAGAUUUGAAGAAAAAAAAGCUUCUGGAAGAACUUGGGGAGAAAAGACUUCCAUAUAUGACACCAGCCGAUAGUGAUUUCCAUCAGUUGUGGAAGACCAAAUAUUCCAAGCUGAUUUUUAGGAAAUCAGAUACAGUACCUGAAGAGCUCCAUCAGAUGGUACAAGAAGGCUUCCUGACCUUGCGAAGACAUGAUUGUUUCUUUCAAGAUCUUGUAAGGAUCAAAGGAAAAGAUUUUCUUACGCCAGUGUCUCGUAUAUUAAUUGGAAACCCAGGAUGCACUUACAAGUACUUGAAUACAAGAUUAUUUACAGUUCCUUGGCCUACUGAAGGUUAUGAUAUAAAAUACUGCAGUCCUGAAAUACAUGAUGCUUGUAAAGCAUUAAUCAGACUCAAUGACUACUUGCAUAUUGAAGCAGUCAAGGCAUUACAAAGGCAAAAUUUGUUUGAGACCAAAGGAAUUAAAGAUGUUACUGUAAUGGAUAGGGAACAAAAUUUUGCUACUUCUUUUAUGGAGAAAGGGUCUGUUUCAAAAGAUCAAAGCAGUUUUUGUGUACCAGAAGAUGACUACAUAAGUCUAAAGAACAGAACAUCUUAUAACUUGACUUUAUUAAAUUAUAUGGAUCCACUACAAAUGCUGUACUUGAAACAAGAACCUUAUUUUGGAAUGGGGAACAUGGCAGUGAGCUGGCACCAUGACGAGAAUCUGGUUGAAAGGUCAACGGUUGCUGUGUACAGUUAUAGCUGUGAAGAGUCAGACAUGGAAGAAAGUAAUGAACAAAAACUGAAGGGAAGAGACCCAGCUGUUUGGCAUGUUGGCUUGAAGGUAGCAUGGGACAUAGAGACACCUGGAUUAGCAAUACCACUUCACCAAGGAGACUUCUACUUGAUGCUUGAUGAUCUCAAUAUGACACAUCAGCACUGUGUUCUAGCUGGGUUUUCACCUCGAUUCAGCUCGACUCACAGAGUGGCUGAGUGUUCAAGAGGAACAUUGGAAUACAUACUUGGACAAUGUGAACUGGCACUCCAGAACUUACAAACUGAUCCUGAUUCAAUUGGUUUGUCUUUAAAAUCACUGGAAACUGCAGUUGUAAAGCAAGUAGAAGAAAUACAUAAUGAGGUGGAAUUUGAAUGGCUUAGACAGUUUUGGUUUCAAGGCAAAAGGUAUUUGAAGUUCACUGAUUGGUGGCUUAAGCCUAUGGCUAAAUUGGAAGGAUUUUGGAGAAAAAUGGAGAUUAUGACAAGCCUGAUCGUCUCUGAAGUUGGAAAAGAGGAACAAAUGGAGGAACAAAGGAAUGAAACCAUCAGCUGCCUCUUGUUAGUUCUUACUGAGCGACAAAAGCUGCGUAAAGAAUGGACAGCAAGAUGCCAGUCAGAAGCAGCAGAGAGCUUGCCAGAAGACCAGAAACCAGAAUGCCAUCCUUUCUGGACAGAUGAUGAAUCUAAUAUGCCUCUGCCAUAUGAUCUUGAAGAAGUAAUUGCUAAUCUACAAAAUCUUAUUCAGUGGGUAGAAUAACAAGUGAACAUCCAGUCUAUAAUUAUUGAUGCUCAUCAUUUGGAGAGAAGGCUUUCAGUUUAACAUAAAUUUUUUCAGCUCUAUGAUUCCAUGAUGAUGUGUUAUUUUAUUUAUCAAUGCAGAAUUUAUUGGUCUUCACAAAGUCCCGUAGUUACUGUCUCAUAAUAAAAACCUCAGCCCCCAAAAUGUGCAGAAACAGGUGGCUUUUAAGACCUGAAGUCCAGAACAUCAGCCUCAGUUCUUUCCUCCUCAACUCUAAUUCUCAUUGACUCUAUAGCCCAUCUAAAUUUGAGCUUCCACAAGUGCCUAGAACUGCCAGAGGCAUGGCAGAUUUGAGCCAAGUUCAAAGCUAUGACACAGUUCACAUCUGUGACACAGCAAUGUCCAUGAUCUGGGCAUCCUGAUGAGCGGCCAGCUUGAGGUCAACCUGCUGGAUAUCCUCAUAGCAGAGCUGUGACUUCUUUAUCCACUGUCAUUAGACAGAGAUGCAGGGGGCAGUGGAGAAAGUCCUUUAUGGAAUGGCUCCUCAUUAGAACAUUUUUUCAGAUAAGGACCUCUGGAGGAAAAUCCUGACAUAGAUCCCAAGACUUUCUUGCCUAUUUUCAUCAUGGCAAUUGAGUAGCAGUGAGACAGAUUUCUGAUGUGCAUCUAUACCUCCUGAGCUCCCUGGAACUUAGAAUUCCUUACCAUUACUUGUUUCUACAUGUGUGAGUCCUAUUCUGAGGCCAGGUUUCUCAGUACAUUGUCUAGAGUGCGGAUGUACCUAAGGGUGGGUUUCUAUUGGAGGUGUCAGGUCUUCUGACAGAUUAGAUUUAGGUUGUGUGAUACUGGGCAUUGCAGCAUCUCUCUUGACCUAGUGAAAUCUAUGAGAACAAAACCAGAAGACUGUGAGAAAUGAAGCUGUUUGUGAUCUAUUUUCUAGUAACAUGCUAUAAAAAGAACAAUUCUGUGUCAGACAAUUCAGGGCACUCCUGAAUGAGAGAGAGAUUUUUCAUUUGGCUAAGUUGCUGAUUUAACUUCAGCUGGUGUACACCUUUUCCCUUGCCAUAAAAAGCAGAAGAAAAUCAUGUUAUGGUGAAACAGCACUCAAUCUGUGUGACUACUAGAAAAGAAACCAGUAAGAGCUUGAAGUUGCCACCAAGAAAUGAAUAUGCCUCCUAUGUUAAUCUUCUGUUUAAACUGAUUGUUGAGGCCAGGCUUACCCAGCACAUACCAGUAUGCUGGACUGGCAGAGUGCUCUGGGAGAGGAUAAGCUUUGCACUGCCAAAAAUUGUACUUGUGACAGUACAACAUAUGCCAGACCUCCCUGGAGCUAAAGAAGCUGUGCCAGCAAAAAUUGAGUUUUAGUGGUAUAAAACUGUGUCUACACCUACCAGCUUUUGCCAGGACAAUUAUAUCAAGUAGAGACUGUACCUCUUAACACCUCUGACAUAACUAUGCCAGAAAAAGUAUAAAGACCUGCAUUUUCACUGUAGUCCCAGGCUUCUGCAAAAACUGUUAGCCACCCUGUUGAAUGUAAAGACACUCUGAAGAAUAUAUUAUUAUUUAAAAUAGGUUUUAUUGUAUUAUAACCUUGAUCUAUACAUUUAUCUGUUGUGUCUUGUGCCACAGAUUUCUUAGCAUUUGGAAAUAUUAUGCUAUAAGCAUAGCUUUUUCUUUCCUGCACUAGCUAAAGCUGGCUUUACCAGUGGGCAAAUAGCAGAUAUUUGGAUUAAUGCCACACUAAAUACUGUUUACUUUGGAGAUCACUUAGAGAAAAGCUAGCUGAAGAUGUGGGAAUUCUGCUUUUGCAAAGGCAGUUCUCACAGAAACAGAUAUUACUUUGGAGAUGAGCAAGAUGAAUUCUAACAAGCUAAUGAUGUAACACUGUUAACACAGCGUUUGAGGGGAUUGUUUGUUUAUGCUGUUACUUUAUGAUUAUUUUGUGUUUAAUUAAGCACUGCUAGAAACCAUGGGGAUCACAGUGUUGAAAUGAAUCUGACAGCCAUAAAGAGUAGAGAAGGCACAUCAAUGUUGUAGUUUGUAGCUGAAGUGGAGGCAUAGCUAUUAAAAUGUGAUUGGCAAAUAAUUAUUUCCAGCAGUAGUGAAAAAAAAACCCACUGUUUUCUUUUUCCUGUAUUAGGAAACUGCUGUCAGCAAUAAUAGCAUUUUUAAAAAUACAUGAUUCUAGGCCAUGUCUAUGCUGAAAAUUUAAGCUACUGAGUUCGCUGAGCUAGUACUAGCCUCAGUGCUGUCAGAUAGCACUCAUUUAAGCCAUGGAUGGCAAUGACUCAGACAAAUUAUCACCUUUGGAAUAGAUAAGACCUAAGAUUCACUGGCAAAAUACCAAUAAUCAAGUAGUUAAAGAGGAUUAAUGCUGUGUUGCAUUCCAGUCUCACAUCAUCUGAAUCAGUGUAACUUGAUUGAGUUCAGUUGAAACACAGAAAUCUGAGAAGAUUUCAUAUCUCCAAAGCCCACAGGAGUUGAUAGGCAAAGACAUGAGUAAGGUUGAUGGAACUGUUCGAAGCAUGUAGUAAUGCCAAAAGGUACACCCCAAAAGGAGAAUAUGGUUAAAGGUAAAAACCUGUUUAAAAAAUGAGAGAGCAAGUGUAAAUUAUUGCUAUGUUUGGAUUAUGUACUGGAAGCUGACAAAUACUUCAAAGUUUUCUUUAUUUUAUAGUUAUAGUUUAGCUUAUGUUGCAAUGAUACUUCAGCAAUCCCUUUAUAUUCCAGCAUUAGAUAACCAUUUCCAUUUUGGAUGAGCUGAAAGACACAGCCUCUAAUGGAUGUUCUGUGUAUAACAACUGUUUGCCAAGCCUGGAUGCUCUAGAGGCAUGAGAACCAAGGUCAGGUUUUUUUCAGGGAAGAGGUGAGAACAUAAAUUAGCUUUUAACAUUAGAUUCAGUGAUUCUUUUUAAAUGGUGGAGUUCAUGACUUUGCUUACAUUUACUUUUCAUCAGACAUGAAAGAAUUAAGGUAAAAUAGUUCUCUUGCACGUGUGCGUCAGGCUAAAUGGAUUACAGAAGAUACAGAUCUGUUUGCCUGUCUGCACUUGCCUUUAGACAAUAUUCAUCAAUUUUACAAAAGCUACUGACUAAACAUGGAACCAAUACAAAUUAAAUGCUUGAGGCAAGGGCUUUCUCUAAAAAAUCUGAUACAGAGUUGUUUUUAUGCUGAUAGAAAGAAAAUGUUGGCAGGAAAUGAAAAACCUUUAUUUUUCUGUAAUUUGGGGGAUGAAAGGUAGAGGCCAGUUUUAAGUAUUUGAUAGAAAACUGCUGUGUUAUGCAAUGUAAUUAGAAAUGUUUUCAUAAUGCUUAAUUCAUGUCUCUGUGUAUGAAAAUAUUUUCU